AUGAGCUCGAAGUGGGACAAAUAUAGUAGGAUUGGCCUGAAUGUUGCGUCAACAGCAACUUCGGUAGGCUUUUCUGCUGCCAAAGCUGGUACGAAGCUUGGGUUCUCGAUAACCAGAGAGAUUGCGUCCACCGCCGCGGGUGUCACAGGAUCCGCGUUAGACCAAGCUUUCUUUGGUGGUAGCGUCGGAGCGGGACCCAUACUCGGUGGGGCAGUUUCGACGGCGAUAUCAACUAUCGAGAGCCUUGCGCUCGCACCAAUUCUCAUAGGUGAAUCUCUGACUUCUACUUCUUUUGUCGCAGCACAGUCCUCGCUAUCUGCGCUUUCUACCAUUUUCCCUGGGAGUGAUGAAGCGAGCUUUUCUCUCGCAAGCUUUGUCGGACUCGUGCGAAGAGAAUGGACAGAACCUGUCGAUAGCGACGGACUUCCAGAGGAAAAGUACAGCCUAGCAAAGAUUAUGAAAGCAUUGGUAGGCUGGGCAACGCUGCAGGGCGUCACUAGCGAUUGGCAGGAACGACAAUGGUUCGCCGUAAUGAAGGAGAUCGAGGUCAACGACGAAGCUUCAGAUGCGAUAUCCCCAGCACCACGACAACGAGUACACUCUGAUGUGCAUAUAACGAAUGACACCAUCUAUCCCGGCCGCGGUGGUCAGAUCGUUACUGCGGAUAUCGGGGAGGCCACAGAAGCGUCUUCUCCCACUCCGCCGCCUGGUUCAAGCCGGGACACACAUUCUCUUUUGUCAGAUUAUCAACUCAAACACACUCUGCGCCGUCUCUCCAAAUUGGUCCUCGCUGGUUACGGAGGUCCGAGCUUACUGUUCUUCGGUGUCACUCCAUGGCAGACAUCAAAACCAUCCAGUGUACCAUUUAGCUCUGAAAAGGAAAAGAGCAAGGAGGAAGCAAAGCUUACCGAUGCCGUUGGAGUUUCAGAAGCGGAAUCUUCUGACAAUAAUAUCGGAGCGACUGGUGCUGCCGCGGAACCCGGCAAACCGUCAUAUUCAUGGUGGAACGUGCUCAUGGGGAGACACGAUCACGAUAUCUUCCUACAACAUGCCACGUCCUCAACUGUCGGUCAAUCCGAGGCCCAACCUCGCCCCCCUACCGCGUUUGUUGGCACAGAGAACUUGAUGCCACGCUUCUGGGUGCUCACGGACCAUGCUCGGCGCGAAGUCGUGCUGGUCAUCCGUGGUACGAUGAGCUUGAACGAGAUUGCCGUCGAUCUCACAUGUGAUACUGCACCUUUCGAGCUGUAUACUCCGAAGGCCUCGCGAGCACCCAAGCGGCCUCGUGCCAUGUCUAGUGUUCCUGUACCAAGCGUAGAGCCUGCUAUUGGACCCGAAUCGGAUGACGAGAGCCAUACCACGCACCUCGUGCAUGGCGGGAUGCUCAAGAUGGCCAGAGCGAUGGGUGCUCCUGGCAAGCCUGUACAUGUCGCUGUGCGAGAUGCACUCAGGCGGAAUCGCGGGUACUCACUCGUCUUAUGUGGACACAGCCUUGGUGCUGGUGUUGCUGCCCUUCUAGCGCUCAUGUGGGCCAACCCGCGUACGCGCCUGACUCACCAGUAUUCCAGAUUGCCACAGCGCCGCUCGGUGUCAGCAUAUUGCUUUGCACCCCCGUGUAUGGCAUCCACGCAGCUAGCUAGGCUUGCGGGUGAAUCCGGCCUCGUUACUUCCUUCGUGUAUGGCCAUGAUGUCGUGUCGCGGCUAUCGCUUGGGAGCGUGAGGGACCUCACGCGAUGUGCUGCAUGGCUAUGCCAGGCGGAGGUGGCCCAUGGAGAAGGUUACUCUGCCGUCACGAAGCGCGCUCUACGCUGGAAGGCUGGCUUUAGAGACGAAGGAGACGAAGAAUGGUUUCUGUCAAUGCGCAAGACGCUCGAGGCAAACAUGCACAUGACGCAGCUGUUUCCCCCGGGACGUGUCCUGUGGGCCCUCCGUGACGGUGAUCUGCAGUCCGCUAACCGUCUGCGGGAAGCCGAUGGUCGUCCGAGGCAAAGUGGGCGCGGAGAAGAAAAGGUGCGGUUGUUUGAGGUACACGACGUCGAGCGCGCAUUUGGACAAGUCGUAUUCGCCCGAGAUAUGCUCAGUUCGCAUAUGCCGCAUCAAUACGACCGGGUCCUACAUGAGUUGCUUUGA